CGGUCGAGUAACAGCUUAAUUAUGCUGCUCCGAUAUUAUACGUUAAUUGCAUUGUUGCCUAGUGGAAUCUUUGCUGGCUUUUGUGAAAAAACAGAAUGGAGACCAAUAAAAGGAGUUUUAACAAAAAAACAAUUUAAAAUAUGCUGUCCUGGUUAUAAACAAAAAAUCACGAACGACAGAGUUGGUUUCAAAUGUGAGCCGAAAUGUAAAGAGAAUUGUGGCAAUGGAACCUGCAUCAGUCCCAAUAGUUGCAGCUGUAAUAUUGGAUAUACUAAUAAGGACAAGGAUCCAGCUAAAAGAUGUGUGCCAGUCUGUGACGGAGGCUGCGGCAAGGGGGAGUGCGUUGCACCAAACACUUGCCACUGCGAAGACGGCUACGAGGCGACGAAGACGGACCAUCAUUGUGCCCCAAUUUGCAGCAGUGGCUGCCCCAAUGGAUACUGCGAGUCACCGGGAAAUUGUAGUUGCAACGAAGGUUACGCUCAAGCCGAUAAUCAGACUGACGCUGCUUGCCUGCCUGUUUGUGCAACGGAAUGUGGCGAGCAUCGCAAAUGUGUGGCACCCAAUACCUGUGAAUGCCUCGAGGAAUAUAUUGGCAAAGUCGACGCGUGUUCCGAGCAUGUGGAUGGACUUCAAGUUGUCAUGGACUUCCUUAAGCAUUGGAUGAUUGAGCUUGCUAUCUGUGUGGCAUCAGUGAUAACAUUGCUCAUAGUUGUCUGCAUUUGUGUGUCCAGAAAGAAUCGAAGAACCAAAAAUCUAGUAAAUAGGUCAGAAUCCGCAAUAAUUUUCAAUAGGAACAACUCAUAUUACGCUCCAUCGGCGCAAUUAAUCAUCGAAGAAAUUAAUCAGAGCUUUGAGGAGAAUCAGAAAGCUUAG